AUGACGCUCUACUACAGUCUUGUUUUCGCACUUCUGGUGUUCGAAAUGGCGCUCUUUGCGACCUUGAUCAUCCCGCUGCCCUUCAAGCUGAAGCGUGGUCUCUUCACCUUCAUUUCGGAGAACCCGAUCGUGGCCAAGAUCCAAUAUGGCAUGAAGAUUACCUUCAUCUUUAUCCUCAUCCUCUUCGUUGACAGCGUCAACCGCGUCUACCGAGUCCAGGUUGAGUUGGCCAAUGCCAAGCACUCCGGUGCCGCCGCUGGUGUUGUUGCUGGCAGCGACCGUAUGGAGGUCCAGGCCCGCAAGUUCUACUCGCAGCGCAACAUGUACCUGUGUGGUUUCACCCUCUUCCUCUCACUCAUCCUCAACCGCACCUAUGUCAUGAUCCUCGACACUCUCCGGUUGGAGACCGAGGUCAAGAAGCUCAGGGGUGAGAACCCGGGCAGCGACAAGACCAGCUCCAAGCUCGGCGAGGCCGGUGGUAUUGGUGAGAUCGCUCGCCUGAAGAAGGACCUUGCUCAGCGCGACCGCGACCUCGAGACUUUGAAGAAGCAGAGCCAAGGUCUCACCAACGAGUACAACAAGCUCGGUGACCAACACACCGUCAACGACGGCAGCGUCAAGAAGGACAGGUAA